UUUGUGCACAGCGCGGAAGUGAAGAGAGGGAAGGAAAACUUUCACAUGAACCUCUGCAAGACAAGGAAACUAUCCGCGUUUCAGUGAGGUUGAGGAUGAUGACACGGAUCAGCCGAAGUGUGUAAAGAAGCACCGAGUGUUAUUGCAUUGUGAAGGCUUUAUUUGAGAGCUAAUCAUGGGACUGCCGACUCUGGAGUUCAGUGACUCUUUUCUGGACAGCCCGGAAUUCAGAGAGAGACUCAAAUGUCAUGAAAUCGAGCUGGAUCGAACCAACAAGUUCAUCAAAGAGCUGAUUAAAGAUGGAAACCAGCUAAUUAAUGCGCUGAAGAGUCUCUCGGCAGCCGUUCAGAAGUUCUCCCAGUCUUUACAGGAGUUCCAAUUUGAGUGCAUUGGAGAUGCAGAGACAGAUGAUGAAGUAAAUAUCGCUCAGUCCUUUAAAGAGUUUGCCCAGCUGCUGAACACCAUGGAAGAGGAGAGAAAACGACUGAUACAGAAUGCUGAUGAUGUUCUGAUCUCACCCUUGGAGAAGUUUCGGAAAGAGCAGAUUGGAGCAGCCAAAGAGGGGAAGAAGAAAUUUGACAAGGAAACAGAAAAGUACUAUUCAACACUGGAAAAACAUCUCAACUUGUCAUCAAAAAAGAAGGAAUCGGCUCUCCAAGAGGCUGACGCUCACAUUGAUAAGGACAGACAACUCUUUUAUGAUGCCUCACUAGAAUACGUCUUCAAAAUUCAGGAGGUUCAAGAGAAGAAGAAAUUUGAAUUUGUGGAGCCGCUAUUGGCCUUCCUGCAGGGUCUCUUCACCUUUUACCAUGAGGGUUACGAGCUUGCACACGAAUUUGAGCCUUACAAACAACAGCUACAGUUCAACCUGCAAAAUACGAGGAACAACUUUUUGAGCACCAAACAGGAAGUUGAAAAGCUGAUGAAGAGAGUUCGCUCUGCAGACCAAGACCAGAAGCCCCCGGGCCAGUGGACCAUGGAGGGCUAUCUUUACGUCCAGGAGAAACGACCCCUGGGCUGUGCAUGGACGCGCCAUUAUUGUAGGUAUGAGAAGGGGAGCAACACCUUCAGCAUGUGUAAUACAGAGGCAAAGCCUGCCGUUAAACAGACUGGUGUUUUGGCGAAUCCCUCAGAGAAGUUCAAACUGAAGACCUGUAUUAGGAGGAAGACCGACUCCAUAGAUAAGCGCUUCUGUUUUGAUAUUGAGGUGGUUGAAAGAAAUGCCAUCUAUCGUGGAUCUUUUUUCAGACCACUGCAAUUUUUCUAUAGAGCCCGGCAUGGCAUCAUCACACUACAAGCACAGUCUGAGUCCAACAGGAGACUGUGGCUGGAAGCUAUGGACGGCAAAGAGCCGAUCUACAAUCUUCCUGCUAUUCUAAGCAAAAAGGAGGAAACAUAUUUAAAUGAGGCUGGCUUUAAUUUUGUGAGGAAGUGUAUUCAACUGGUGGAGAUGAGAGCAGGACUCAGCACUAUGGGUUUGUACCGAGUUGGCGGAAUAAACUCUAAAGUGCAGAAGCUCAUGACCACAGUCUUCUGUAUGUCACCUCACUUCACUUCACAUUUAUUUAAAUCGCACCUCACCUCACAUUUACUUAUAUCAAUGCCAGUCUGGAGAUCUGCACACAGAAAUCUCUGCUUCAUGCCAGCACCCAAAGCAGCUCCAGACAUGGAUCUGGACCCAGAAACCUGGGACAACAAAACUAUCACCAGUGGCCUAAAGAAUUACCUCAGGAGGAGAGAUAAUUGGAAGCCAUUCUUCUUGUGUUUAUCCACCAGGUGUCUCUGUGAACCACUCAUGACAUACAAGCUCCACUCAGACUUUCUCAUGGCCGUCAAAUCAGAUGAUCAGAACUACAGAGUGUGUGCAGUUCAUGCGCUUGUGCAUAAACUACCUGACAAAAAUAAAGAAAUGCUGGAGACAUUAAUCAAACACCUGCUCAAUGUGUCAACUCACAGUGAAAGUAACAUGAUGACCGUGUCUAAUCUGGGAGUGAUCUUCGGUCCCACACUGAUGCGCUCGCAAGAGGAAACUGUUGCCGCCAUGAUGAACAUCAAAUUCCAAAAUAUUGUGGUUGAGAUUCUCAUUGAAAAUUUUGAAAAGAUAUUUCAUCAGGCCCCGGACCCUAAUGUUCCCCUGCCGCAACCUCAGACUCGGCCUGAGUCCCGCAGGAGCAGAGCCAUCUGCCUGUCAUCUGGACCAGGCAAACCCAGAAGUCUCUACACGCCCUCACUGUGCCUGGCGGAUGCGGACAGUGAGUCUCAUACUACCAAUGUCUUGAUUGUGGCUGCAGGUGACACGUUCAGCAGCAGUUCAGUCAGCACUCCCAUGGGCAGCAUGGACUCCCUCUCCUCACACUCCUCAGAACAGAACAGCUCCUCCAAGACCUGCUCCUCUCCACAGCCCAAAGACAAACCCCCCUUUCCCGGCCUGCGGCAGAGCCCUUCCUCCCUGUCCUCCAACGAGCCACAGGGCCUCACCUGCACCAGCAGUCCAGAGUCCAGCUCCAGAGAGGACACGGGUCAUGUAGAUGGAGACUGGGAGGACAUCCGUAGUGUGAGCUCAGUCACUGCCAGAUCUUCAGCAGCACCUACCAAAGCUCCUCACACAGGAAUAAGACUCAGAUUAGCACAGCUGAACCGCUCAAAUGCUCCGUCACUCAGAUCCUUACACAUCUCAGAAGGUCGCUGUGCGGGGUCUGUUCAGAGUCUGGUGUGUGUGGAGCAAAAAAACAUCGCUAAGUCCACUGCCUACAAAGAUCUGCCACCUAAAACAGUCCUACGUCGAAAGCUGGACAGUAACAACUCUAGUAAUGGCUAUCAAAGACCAGGAUCAGUGGUGGCAGCCAGAGCAUUGCUUUUUGAAAACCCAUCUGCUGUAAAAGCCAAUCCCAUUGGAAGAGAUGCUAAAGCCAUAUAUUCCUGUGAAGCAGAACACAGUAAUGAGCUGAGUUUCCUGCAGGGGGCUCACUUCUCCAAUGUGUAUCCCUCGGUGGAACCAGGCUGGCUCCAGGCUACAUUUGAGGGAAAAACAGGACUCAUUCCUGAAAAUUACGUGGUCUUCCUCUGACAACGUCCCACCAGGCGAGGCCAAGUAUUUCAUGGUAUCCAUGGAAACAUACAUUUUAGAUCAAGAGGUGCAAGUAUAUAUCAAGCAUUGAAGCAUGUGUGGACUGUAUGCAUAGAUCAUAUGCUGUUAAAAAUAUCGAGAUCAUGUAUGGUAUGAAACCUUAAAUAUAAAGCGCAAGGAUGUAUGUAACUACCAGAAUGUCUGAAUCACAGCUGUAAUUCUAGACAAAAGGGUUUCAGAACGUUCACUGGACCCUGAAAUAUAUUUUAAAUUGACUUGAUGGAGGGAUGCUGAAAGGAGCCAUUCUGAAACAUUCCAAUCUAGUAAUAUAUGUUCACAAUCACUGAGAUCAGCAGGUGCUAAAAUGCACUUAAUGGUGUUUUUAAGUCUACUGUCUGGUAGAAUACUGUUAUUCUGCUAUUUAAAGCAUUAGUUAAAAGAUCUAAGAGAAAGGUUUGUUUCCACUCAUAAUUCUAAUGCUUCAUUUCAUUCAAUCCAGAAAGUCUGAAUUUCCAACUUUCUACUAGGAAAAGUGGAAUGGAACACCACUUAAAGUCAAACUUGGAAACUCGUGUCGAAGUCUUCAACUCAUGAAGUCACGCAAGCCUGUCGGCACUCAAGGAGAUUUACAGAGCUAAUGAUAAACAUUCACUUGUAAUAAAUAAUAUCCAUCAGUGAGUCCAAGUUUCUCCAUUAUGUUAUAGUAAAAUCAGUUUAGCAAACAUUUGCAGAGACAUGUUCUCAAAACACAGUAAAUUAAACUCUCUUUUGAAAAUCGUACACCUGUAGAACAAAUGGUAGCAUUGCAGAAUUGUUUAUCAAUUGGGUUGUUAGGAGAAGUCUCUGUUGACAGUUUUUUUACUUACAGUAGUGUACAUAUUGAGUCACUUGCAAAAACUGAUGUUUUAAAGAGAAUUAUGUUUAAGGAGUAAAACUGUCUUUACCCUUAAGUUUUAUGAAAUUAAUGCAAUUAUUCAAGGCAUUCUUCUCACUAAACUAAUCACUAUUCGAAAUGUAAAUGUGUCUGUGAAAUGUUUUGAAAAUGUUCAUGGCAAGCUGCAUUUGGUUAUUGUAGUUAUAUAGGCAAUUAUUAAAGGGAUAAUUCACCCAAAACUGAAAAUUCUCUCAUCAUUUACUUCAUGCCAUCCCAGAUGUGUUUUACUAUCUUUCAUCUGCAGAACACAAAUGAAGAUUUUAGAAGACUAUUUCAGUACUGUAGGUCCAUACAAUGUAAAUGAAUGGUGCCCAGACCUUUCAAGCUCCAAAAAUCACAAAAAGGCAGCAUAAAAGUAGGGAUGGGCGAUACCAAUUAUUUUCUUUUCGAUCCGAUACCAAGUACUUUUAGGCCAAUAUCACCGAUAUCGAUACCAAUACUAAACAGAAAAUUAUUAGGCUGCUUUGUUUACCCUUUAAAAAUUAGUUAGUAUAAGCCACAUAUAAAACCUCAAAAUUAACCAUAGAUAUUAUUAUAUGGUUACUAUUACUAAAACCAAUUGACCAUAUGGAUACUACAGUAAUGCUGUAGUAAAACCAUGGUUAAUUGUAUCAAAACCUUGCUUUCUGCCAAAAAGAAAGAAAAAAACAAACAAAAAAAAAAACAUGGUUACUACAGUCGUGGUUAGUAGUCAUGGUUAAUGCAAUAUUACUACAGUAAAUCCAUGGUAAGUUUUCAUAUGGGUAUCAUUUAUUAACGAAGAUUAAAGAUCAUUAUCAAUGUUUUAACAACUCUGAAUUUAAAUAAACCUGUAAAAAUUGUCAAAAAAGCUCAUUAUAAUACAUGUCACGUCUAGGUUUGUCAUUACUUAGUGUGAAUAACUCCAGAUGCUGUUUUUCUGUCAUUACCGCAGGAAAGCACUGCUGCCUCUUUGAAUGAGUGCUAUGACUGAAAGGAUGACCGCUGUCUGACUGCUACUGUAUUUUAGCAUUUAUGUGCGUCAAGAUGAGCAGAAGAAAAAAUAGUUCCGGUGCCAUGAAACAAUUUGCUCAUAUAAUUCUUUUUUUUCCACUUCGAAGCUUAUGAGAUGCAUUAAUAUUCAUGUAAUCGAAAUAAUAAGAUCAAUUGUUAAAAAAAUUUUUCAGAAUCUAUAUUUUUAUGUGAGGAUUGAUAUUCUUGAUACCAUAUCAGUAUCAGAAGUAUCAGUACUUUGGUAUCAAUCCGCCUAUCCCUACAUAAAAGUAAUCUAUAAGACUACAAUGGUUAAAUCUAUGUCUUCAGAAGCAAUAUGAUAGGUGUGGGUGAGAAACAGAUCAAUAUUUAUGUCCUUUUUUACUAUAAAUCUCCAUUUUCACUUUUACAUUCUUUCCACAUUCUAAAAGGGAAAGUGAAAGUGGAGAUUUAUAGUGAUUCACCCAAAACCGACUGGAUCGCUUCAGUAAACAUGGAUUUAACCACUGGAGUCAUAUGGAUUAAUUUUAUGCUGCCUUUAUGUGCUUUUUGGAUCUUCAAAAUUCUGGCCACCAUUCACAUUGUAUGGACCUACAGAGUUCAAAUAUUCUUCUAAAAAUCCUUGUUUGUGUUCUGUAGAAGAAAAACGUUUCACACAUCUGGGAUGGCAUGAGGCGUGAUUUUCAUUUUUGGGUGAACUAUCCCUUUAAGAUAAACAAGGCCAGCGCUGUCUGAAAAGAUUGGAAACUACUGUCUUAGAGCUUUAGAUAGCAAUGGUCUCUAUACUGCAUUCAGGUCAUUGUAGAAUGUCAAGUAAAAUUCAGUCUGUACAGAUGUUAUUGAAACAAAUCCAGGUGUACAAACAUGUUGUAAGUGAUAUUGUGAUCUUACUAUUCAGUCUCAAUAACACCAAUUCAGUGUUUAUGACUGACCAACUCAUUCAGCAACUGUCCUCAUGUUCAAAUGUCCUUUUGUGUUAUAAUGCAAACACUCCCUCCUCUCAUACAGAGUUUUUUACAGAUAAAUCAACAUGUGACUUGAAUGUUUGGAAUGGAUGGAGUUGGACUUCUGUAGUGCACUUAUGUUUUUUGUCAUUAUUCCCAAUCAGACAAAAAAUUAAUGUAUUAUGAAAGCAACUGACAAAAUAGAAGAUAGAAGUUUAUAUAUGGAUGAUUAAUCAUUUUUUAAAUCAUUGUUUUUUGUUUAUUUGUUUUUGACAAUAAAUGUGUUUUCAAAAUGUG